UUAUUACAAAAAAUCUGUUAAAACUCGGACGAAACGUGGUCUAAAUAGUCGAGGUUUAAACCAUUCCUAAAGUUAAUACUUGGAAUAAACCGAACAUUAUUAUGAAUCCAGAUUUAACAGAGGUCUACUUAGUGCUACAGUUAAAUCGUUCAUUAUAUAUUCCCCACAGAUAAUAUACAGAAAUCAGUCAUUCAUCUCUGUCAGCCUACAAUUGCGUUCCGUUUUACCAGAAAACUGAAAUGAUAAAAAAUAAUAUUACUUCAAGGAAAAUUGUAUCAAAUAAAAAUAUUUAUAUAUGUAUUUAUUUAUGUCUUCUUUAUAACUAUUUUAUUAAUAUGUAAUAUUUAUUAACAUGGUAUUACAUUUAAAAUCUGUUUUAUAUUUUGAAAGUACACGGAGAACAGGAACGUAUCUUGUAUUUUUAUCACUUCGUUUCGAAUCAUAACAUCGCGCCAUUACUGCAUAUAAUGAAAAACAAAAGUUUUUUAGCAAUUUUUUUCAAUAAUUAUAAAGUACAAAAAUAUUUAAAAUUAUGAGCUUACAAAAGAAAAGGAGUGCAAAUUGGACACCAGAAGAAAAAGCAAUAUUACGCGAAAUUAUUUCAGCAUCGGCGCAUAUAAUAGAGGACAAAUCAACAAAAACGUCGGCAAAUAUUUUAAAGUCCAAAGAGUGGAAAAAAAUAACAAAUAAAUUCAAUGAAAUUACUGGUAACAAUAGAUUGGACAAAGAAUUAAAAAUGGCCUGGAAAAGAUUAAAAUUAUCGGCUAAAGCUAACAUAUCCAGCUUCAAGCGACAGCAGUCACAAACUGGUGGUGGAGAAAAGCCACAGUCACCAUCCCAAGAAGACUUGGAUAUUAUGGCCAUUGCACCACUAGACUUUGUGGUGGAAAUAAACACCUAUGACAGUGAUGCUGUGACUGCCAUGGAGGACAAUCAAAUUCAGCAGGAUGAAGUCAGUGGUCAUAGUUCAAAUCAUAUUGAUUUGACCUCAGACACUGAGCCAAUACUCAAAACUGUGGAAGAACAAGCAAUAGUUGAACCAUUACAAAAUAAUAAAGAAAAUAAAAGGGAGCGUGCAAUGAAAUCAAAGAAGGAGGUGCAAAAGAAAGAUGACAUGAGAGAAUCUAUUGUACAAAACAAUAUAGCAUUUAAAAGAAGAAAUUUGGAAAUGUUAGAAGUUGAACAUGCAUAUAAUAUUAGAAUAUUGAAGUUAAAAAUAAAAAAAUUAGAAUUAGAAAUAGAUUUAUUAAAAUCUAAAAAUCAUCAUACAAUAUAAAAAACAUAUAAUAAUCAAUGUCCUGAUUCUGAUUUUAAGGCUGAUAUUGUACAAUAAAGAGUGUCUUUACUGAUUUUAAGGCUGAUACUAUAUAAUGAGUGUCUGUGUACUGAUAUAAGGCUGAUUGUGUUGUGUAAAUAAAUAA